AUGCCACACUCGGUCACAUCAGAUGCCCCGACGCCACCGAAUGGCACAGACUCGACUAUGACCGACGCGACCGCCCAGAACGGCGACAGCCAGGCCGCCAGUGCUGGCAACCCCGACGAUGUAGCAAUGGCCGGAGCCGAUACAGAUGCGUCCAAUGCAGAAGGGUCGAAGGAGGUCAAGCUGGAGGAACUGUUCGCAGAUGUAGACUCAGACGACGAGUUUCCGAGCUCGAGGCCCGCAGAGCAGAAGACACCGUCGAGUAGCUCGCCCGAAACGCCGUCAUCGCCAGAGAACAAUGGCCCCUCGCUAUCAGCCUCAGACCCGGAGCUCAUGCGCACAUUCUACCAGCGCCUGUUCCCCUGGCGGCAGCUGUUCCAGUGGCUGAACCACAGCCCGACGCCGACCAACGACUUUGGCCACCGCGAGUUCGCCUUCACGCUGCAGAACGACGCCUACCUGCGGUACCAAUCCUUUCCGACGGCCGACCUGCUGCGCAAGGACGUGCUCCGCCUGCUGCCCUCGCGAUUCGAGAUCGGCCCCGUCUACAGCACCAACCCGCGCGACCGCAAGACCCUGCGUAACAGCGCCGCCUUCAAGCCCCUGUCUAAGGAGCUGUGCUUCGAUAUCGAUCUGACGGACUACGACGAGAUCCGUACCUGCUGCGACAAGGCCAAUAUCUGCGACAGCUGCUGGCGCUUCAUGGUCAUGGCCAUCAAGGUCUUGGAUGCCGCCCUCCGCGAGGACUUUGGCUUCCGUCACAUCCUGUGGGUCUACUCGGGAAGGCGAGGCGCUCACGCCUGGGUCUGCGACAAGAAGGCCCGCACCAUGGACGAUCAGAAACGCCGUGCCAUUGCCGGCUAUCUGGAGGUCGUCAAGGGAAGCAGUCAGGGGGGCAAGAAGGUCAAUCUGCGGAGGCCACUGCAUCCGCAUUUGAGCCGGUCCCUCGACAUCCUCGCCCCACACUUCCAGACUGACGUGCUCGCGGAGCAGGACCCGUGGGCGUCGGAAGAGCGGUCCGACAAGCUGCUGGCGCUGCUGCCGGACAAGAACCUCAACGCGUCGCUGGGGGCCAAGUGGGCGAGCUCGCCGGAGCGGGCCUCGACGGCCAAGUGGGCCGACAUCGACGCCGUGGCCAAGGCGGGCGGGCUGGCCAAGGACCAGGCCGACGCGCCGCGCCGGCUGCUCGAGGCCAAGCAGGACAUAGUGCUCGAGUACACGUACCCGCGCCUCGACAUCGAGGUCUCCAAGAAGCUCAACCAUCUGCUCAAGUCGCCCUUCGUCGUCCACCCGGGCACCGGCCGCGUCUGCGUCCCCAUCGACACCCGCGACCCCGACGCCCUCGACGCCUUCAGCCCCCUCGGCGUGCCCACGGUGCAGGGUCUGCUGGCCGAGAUCGACCGCUGGUCUGGCGGUGGUGGUGGCGACGACGAAAAUGACGGCGACGAGGCCGGCGCUGAGGUGAAGCAGGAGGCCGGGGCUAAGAGCAUGCAGGACUGGGAGAAGACGAGCCUGAAGCCGUAUGUGGAAUACUUCCGUAGUUUUGUUGUGGGGCUCAUGAAGGACGAGCGGGAUCCUAGAGUCAAGCGCGAGAGGGAGGAGGAUGGGAGCAUGGAAUUCUGA